AUGUCUUCUGGUGGUAAGGGCUUCUUCUCUAGGAGCAAACACAAGAACGAAAAGAGACACACUGGCAGCGAUGAAGGACGAUAUGUCGCCUCGGAUCAUGACUCGCUAUCGCGUGCUUCUCGGCAUACUAGGGAAUCGUCAAUAAUAUCGAUCGAUAGACCGAGCUCCCCCGACGCUAGCUUUUACAAUGCUACUGGUAACAUGACCGUAAUUCCAUAUGAUACCACUUAUGCAGACCGGCGAAGCCCAGUACCCGUCGAAUAUCUUCCCCGAACCGAGCAGACGCCUGCGCGCCGGGAGCCUCUACCGCACCAGUAUCCCCCCAGCUUUGAUGCGAACACACUUAACGCUAUGACUGGGUCUCACCUAUCCAGCUCGAGUCUGCGUCCACACCCUGGCCCGAAUAUUACGAUGGCGUCUACCGGCCGCCAGACGCAAUUCCAUCAAUGGGGCCCUUCCACCGGUGGUGUUUCGACGCCUCGGGCAAGUACAUCCUCUUCAAUGACCAAUGCUGGCUUUAAUGAAAGGUGGGAUUCUUUACCCGGUUAUGGCCAAUCCGGCUUCAAUAGAACGUCCAGACAGAGCGACCAGUCCAGCAUUUUUUCAGGUAAAGGAGCACCCCUUGACUAUCUCACAACCAAACGCUCAUCCAAAUUAGCACUCCCUAGUGCAACUUCCCAGAGUUCCAUUGCAUCGCACCCUUCAAGUAGAGAUUCGCAUCGCUUAACAAAGUCUCCAGGGAACGCAGGACCUCAACCACCGGCUGGCGGGGAUGUCUCACUUACUAGACCCGAUGACGAUAGAAUAACAGAGCAGAUGUUCUUCGAGCUGAUGAAGAAACGUGGAUGGCACAACCUACCCGAACAAGCACGGCGGCAAAUGCAGGCCUACCCAUCAGCGAAAAAAUGGACCCUCAUUUAUCAGGACCGACUGACGGAGCUACAAGGGGAGCAAAAGAGGAGGUUAACGGCUCGGGCAGGGCAGUAUCCGAAUGUCGACAUCGCUGCAUCCUCCGACGAGGAAGGUUCCCCUGAGUGGUACGUCCGAAAAGUGAUGGACAAUACCUUGGAUUUGAAGGGUCUCGGCAGCCUCGAGGUCAACCUUCGCACUCAACAGAUCGGCUGGGUGAAGCGCUUCAUCGAAUGCCAAGGGCAGGUGGCCCUCACCAACGUUUUGUUGAAGAUGAACCGGAAGAGCGCCUCAGGCCCUUCGACUCCUGACGUCAAAACGACGGACAAAAAUCUCGAUAAGGAAUAUGAUAUUUUGAAAUGUCUUAAGGCUCUACUGAACAAUAAGUAUGGUGCCGAUGACGCGCUCGCCCACCAGCAGGUCAUCGUGGCCCUCGUUACGUCACUCAUCUCGCCGAGGCUCACGACCCGAAAACUUGUCAGCGAUGUCCUGUCUUUCUUGUGUCAUUGGGAUGGGGGCGAGGGACACUUGAAGGUGAUCCAGGCCAUGGACGUGGUGAAGACCCAGCAGAAUGAGAAUGGCCGAUUUGAUUCCUGGAUGCGACUUGUCGAAGUGACUGCGGAUGGUCGAGGAAAGAUGGGCAGUCUCGUCGGUGCCAGCGACGAAGUCCGUAGCGGCGGUAUCGGCAUGGAAAACCUCUUAAUGGAAUAUGCGGUUGCAACGCUCAUCCUCGUCAACUCGAUCAUUGAUGCGCCAGAGAAUGACCUUCAGCUACGGAUGCAUAUCAGGGCGCAGUUCGGCGCUUGUGGGAUCAAGCGGAUCCUUACCAAGAUGGAGGCGUUCCAAUAUGACUUGAUCGACAAGCAGGUCGAGCGGUUCCGGUCAAACGAAGCUAUUGACUACGAGGACAUGCUUGAGCGGGAGAAUAGCAGCAUAAAAGACAGCAUCGAGGGCGAGGUUAAGGACCUGAACGAUCCAGCUCAGAUCGUUGAGGCUAUUCAGCACCGACUACAAGGCUCAAAGACGCAUGACUAUUUUAUAUCCGCGCUACAACACCUACUCCUAAUCCGAGAUAACGAUGGAGAGGAGCGGUUGCGCAUGUUCCAGCUUGUUGAUUCGAUGCUUAGCUAUGUGGCCAUGGAUCGGCGCCUGCCGAACAUGGACCUCAAGCAAAGCUUGAACUUCACAGUUCAAAACCUCUUGGAUAAGCUGCACACCGAUUCCGAGGCCCGCCAGGCUUUAGAUGAGGCCUUGGAGACCCGACAGAUCGCCGAUGCUGCUAUGGCAGAGCGGGAUGAGAUGAAGGCACAAUUAGAGUUGGGCGCUGAUGGUCUCGUUGCUAAGCUUCAGAGACAACUAGAUGAACAGGCUCGCUUCAUCGAAGCUCAGAAGCGCCAGGCAGACGGUUUGAAAGCUGAAAUCGAUAAUAUGCAGACAGUGCGUGCAAAGGAGGCGCAACGAUAUGAACUCGAAACAAGAGAAUUGUAUCUCAUGCUCAGGGAUGCCCAAGACGUUGCUGCCUCGCAGGCUGUCAAGACCGGCACUGGAAGCAAGAUCGCCGAGGAGAACCCUGCUCACAUGAAAGGUAUUUUGGAUCGUGAAAGACUUAUGGACCGACUAGCGAUGCAACUCGAACGACAGAAGACUCAGUACAAACUUGAGGGCAGAGUAUGGGGUGAAACAAUUGGACCUUCAGACCGCCUACGUGCGCUUCGCGAGGAAAUGGAAGGCUACGCAGGUGGGUCAGAGGAUGCAGAAAUCUUGCCGUCGGGCGUGGAUACUGGUGUGCUUGGGACUGUCAAUCGUCAUACGAGAUUAUCGCGAAAGCCUCUUAACUCCAGCGCCGAUGACGGUGCCACCGAGGGCGAAGAUGAUAUUGUGUACGAGAAGCCCAGAGUCGUUGAGAUUAGGAGACCCGUCAUGGACCCCAAACAUGCUGCCAGCUUCCUUAAUGAGAUCCACGCAAAGGGCAAGAAGGACGAACUUAGCGACUCAGAGGCCGAGGGCGCGACCACCGGUCCGUCACACCCAAGUCUCGAGUCGCAGUCGCCCAUCACUCCAGGUGAAAUCGAGCCGCCUAAGAUUCAAGUCAGCGAUACGGGUGCGCCUCCGCCCCCGCCCCCGCCUCCGCCCCCUCCACCCCCGAUGCCCGGUCAUCUUCCCGGAGCACCACCACCUCCGCCCCCGCCUCCUCCUCCCAUGCCCGGUCAACUUCCAGGUGCUCCGCCACCGCCACCGCCGCCUCCUCCUCCUAUGCCAGGGAUGCUUUCGCCAACUUCUGCAGCAGGCGGGCCACCACCGCCGCCGCCGCCACCACCUAUGCCCGGCAUGCCCGGAGCUGGAAUGCCCCCCCCACCUCCGCCAAUGCCUGGUGCCAUGUCCGGUCACUUCUUAUCUGCACAAAACAGCUUUGCCCCAACUUCUACCAUCGGUCUUCCUGUUGUUAGGCCGAAGAAGAAGCUCAAGGCUCUCCAUUGGGACAAGGUCGACACUCCAGAAACAAGUCACUGGGCAGCGCAUGCUCCUUCUGCGGAGGAAAGAGAAGAGAAAUAUGCCGAGCUCAGUAGGAAGGGUAUUCUCGACGAGGUUGAGAAGUUGUUCUUGGCUAAGGAGAUCAAGAAGCUUGGAGUUGGUGCCUCUAAGAAGGACGACAAAAAGCAGAUCAUCUCUAGCGAUCUUCGGAAAGCUUAUGAAAUUGCUUUUGCCAAAUUCUCCCAGUUUUCUGUUGAAAAGGUUGUACAGUCGAUCAUCCAAUGCGAUAAGGAGGUGCUCGAUAACCCUGUGGUGAUGGAGUUCCUCCAGAAGGACGAUCUAUGUAACAUUCCGGAUAACAUAGCGAAAAAUAUGGCCCCUUACAGCAAAGACUGGACUGGACCCGAAGCGAAUCAGGAGAAUCGCGAGCAGGAUCCAUCUGAACUCACUCGACAGGAUCAACUUUACCUUUUCACUGCAUUUGAGCUUCAUCACUACUGGAAGAGUAGGAUGCGGGCACUGUCCUUAACAAGGAGCUACGAAAGCGACUAUGACGAGAUCAACGAGAAGAUCCGUCAAGUUGUAACAAUAUCGGAGGCUUUGCGCGACUCCGUGUCUCUAAUGAACGUUCUCGGCUUAAUUCUUGACAUUGGAAAUUAUAUGAACGAUGCGAACAAGCAGGCACGAGGUUUCAAGCUAAGCUCACUUGCCCGGUUAGGAAUGGUGAAGGAUGAUAAAAACGAAUCGACGCUCGCAGAUUUGGUUGAACGUAUCGUCCGCAAUCAAUACCCUGAAUGGGAAGGCUUCUCGGACGAUAUCCAAACCGUCAUCGCGGCGCAAAAGAUCAACGUCGAACAACUGCAGGCCGACGCUAAGAGAUACAUAGACAACAUCAAGAAUGUACAGAGGUCACUGGACAGCGGCAACCUCAGCGAUCCUAAGAAGUUCCAUCCUCAGGACCGUGUCUCACAAAUUGUUCAGCGAUGCAUGAAAGAUGCACGUCGAAAGGCAGAACAGAUGGCGUUAUACCUAGAGGAGAUGAUCCGCACGUAUGACGACAUCAUGGUCUUCUACGGCGAAGAUCCUAAGGAUGAUAAUGCUCGCCGUGACUUUUUCGCCAAGCUAGCUUCGUUCCUGCAGGAGUGGAAGAAGAGCAGAGACAAGAAUAUCAAAUACGAAGAGACGCGGCGGAGAAAUGAAGCCAAUAUGAAACGCAAGCAUGCUCAGUUGAGGGUCACAGGGGCUACGGAAGGUGGCCCACCAUCACCGGCCUCUGCGGGUGCAAUGGAUUCUCUCCUGGAGAAACUGCGCGCCGCGGCGCCGCAAACAAGAGACCAACGAGACCGAAGGAGACGUGCGCGUCUCAAGGAUCGUCACCAAGUUCGCAUCGCCUCAGGCCAAAAGAUACCUGACCUCAGUGAAGCACCGGAGGCUGAAGCCAACAAUCCUACCGAUGGUGCCAAUGGCACGACGGAGUCCGACGUUAACCCUCUCAGCCCCGAUAUUAUAUCGCCCACCGAAGCUCCCUCAGGGGAUGGAGAGGACGGUCUGGCUCAGAGAGCUGCAAUGUUGUUGCAGGAUAUGCGGGGCGGCGACGGGGCAGACGACGGUCACCCUGAGCAACGGGAUAGUUUAAGGAAAUCGGCGGCAGAGGAGAGGAGGGCUAGGCGGCGGCGGCUGAAGGGCGGCUCUGUUGCAACCUCUAGCACUGGCGAAGGAGAAGAAGCAAGAAAAAGUCCGAUACCCGAGGAGCCACCGGCUGAAGCACCAGCCGAAGCACCCGCAGAAGCAUCCGCUGAAGCAUCCGCUGAAGCACCAGCUGAAGCACCAGCUGAAGCACCAGCUGCAGCAACAGAGGAAUGA